ACUUUCAGCAUCACAUAAAAUUUUGACAUUUAGAGAAACAAAUUCGUUUUACUUUUGACGGACAAACAAUGUCAAUUUUACUAAAAUUAGAAGUUAUUUUAUAAAUUUUUGUAGUUGUCUUCCUCGAGAUGAAGAAAAUAAAACACACCAAAAAUAAUAAGUGUGAUUCGAUUUUUUCUUUCGGUAAUAGUCUUAAACUAAAGCCUGAUCAAGCAGCUAAUGAAGAUCCCGUUUUGAAAGCCAGAAAAAAGAAGAAAAAACCCGUGCCUGCAGAAUCUGGAUCAUCUGGGAAACCUGCAAAGGAAGCACCAUCCUUUGGAUACAGGCAAGAAGUCAAAAGCCACUGCCACGGCAACGAACCAGUUCUUGCAUAUGGAGAUCCUAAAAAACCCUACUCUCCUCCACGUUUUCUUCCUCCCAAAACUAAGAAGUACUUGAAAAGUAGAGAAGAAGCCAAAAAGAAAUAUGAAGAAGAUAUCAAUUUUUGUAAGCAUAUCAUGGAGGCUACUAACAUGCCAAAAUUACCAGCUAAAGAGAGAAUACUGCAGAUUACCAUACCAUCCCCAGAACAGAGUGCAGCGAAAGUUCAGCCAAGAGGUCUGUCCCCAACUAUAAGUACAGUGGUACCAAUAGCACCAAACCCAAAGGAACUGGAACUGAAAAAACCAAAGAGUGGUAUUAUUGUGAACGAGACUCAAAAAAUAGAUGAUUAUGACAGCUUCGAUCUGGUGUAUAGAAGACAACCAAGGCCAGGAUUUGAACGAGAAUUAAAGGCCCUGAGAAAGAAAGAGAAGAAGAAACAACUAGAAUCAAUUAAUGAAGAAGACGAGAGAAGAGAUCUGGAGGCACUGAUGGAAAAGGAAUUAUUGGAACAUGCCCUUCAAGGGGAGGGCGAAGAAGCAGCAACGAGACUCAUGGAUGAGAUGGUCGAUGAGGGUGAAGAGGAAGGUGAAGGUGAAGGCGAAUUGACGAAGGUGUUUAGGAAAAAAGUGGAACAGAUGUCUUCAUCUACGUCUUAUCGUGCGAAGGACUUUGGAGGUGAAGAAGAAGAGGAAAAGCCAGAGAAACUUCCUCCCAUUGGACAGAUGACGCAAAAGUUCAGAAGAGGUUCUGAGAUCGAUAGGUUCACGAUACCACCACCGAAAAUCAAAAGGGGUACAUUAGAGAGUCAUUCUUUCACGAAGAUUCAACAAACAACCCUCAAAGAUUUCUUUUAUGGCACUAUAGCAGGAACUAUGCAUCAAGCUGCGAAGCAUUUGCCAGAACAGAUAAAAAAUAAUCAAGGAUUGACAAUGCCGGUAACUGCUUACUGUUACGCUCUUUUGAAACAUCCAAGCGCAUGGGAUGAAAAAGAUGUUGACGAAAUUAUAGAAGCUGGAAACGCCAUGUACAUGGAAUGUCUCUUCAAAAUGCAUAAGAACAAUGGACCUGUAAAACUUAGUCCAGAUGAUUUACCACGAUACUGCUAUCUAUUUGAUAAGAAGAUACGGUUCAAGUUGAGCGAGCCUCAGGUGACUGGUAUAAUUAAAUCUGAUCAGAAAAAUGUGUUCAAUCUCACUAAAGGUAUCCACAUAUUCUUCUCGCGCUACAACGCUGGAAUCUUUCAAACUAAGGGUGUCAACAUUGCAAUUUGGCGUGAUAAGUACUACUAUUUCUUUGACGCUCGACCUAGGACCAGAGAUCUGUAUCCUGAUCCCGAUGGAACAGCUCUAAUGGCCAACUUUUACGACGUUGAUUCCAUUAUAUCGGUCCUUCUAGAUCGUUGUCUCUUCGGGAACUGGCCUUUUGUUAUCAUCUCCAUUGAGGCAUUUAGCAUUCAGAAUAAACACGAACCAGAGGAGAGGGAAUCUGCGAUGGACAUAGAAGAUAAGGCCACCUAUAACGUGUUAAGUGACCGGAAGGCCGUGGUUUUGGGUUCUUUCGAUUUGGCAGACAAAUGCUUCGAGUUCGCUCGAAAUAAGCAAGCCUUGGCAAUUGCUGUUGUAGCACUAGUUUAUUCCCGCAUCUCGCCACCUAGCUCGUGGUUCAAAAAGACUGUAGAUAAAAUCAUGAUAAUUGGGAAUCAGCUUUACCUUGAGUGUGUCAACCACAAACCUUCGGCGGAACUUAAGUUAGAGCAGCUGCCUGCCGAGUUUACUCUGGGGCCAUACUCUGUAGAGGUGUACAUCAAACCCAACGUGUAUGGUGAUUACAUAUGCAGAAAAGGCAAGUGCCUCUUGGAAGUGUGUCUGGAGAAAUUCUUCGAAACCUAUUCGAUGACGAUAGUCAUCUUGGGAAAUUGCACUGUAGCGAUAUGGAAACAAAGAGGUGUUUUCUACUGUUUCGAUCCUUAUUCUAGGAACAUCCAAGGAUAUACGGCAAGAAAUGGAGUGGCUUGUGUUUCAAUGCACAGUGACCUAGAUUCCUUGACGUGGAUGUUGGCGAAGAAUUACUGUGGCAAGGACACCAUCUUCUACAUCCAUGCCUUGGUAGUGUGUCGCAUAACCAGGGAACAUGUAAUUACUUGCGCCAUUCCUCUCAACGUAACGAUGGAUGGUAUUUCCCACGAAGAUCUUAAGAAGUCGACCAAGAAGAAAGGACAUAAGUUAGCAAUUGGAAAACCGAUUCAAGUCAAAGAAGAUGCAGAUAAGUCCAUAGCUACCCCACCGGUAGAGGUCCCCGAAGGGGAGUCUUUGGUACAAGUAGAUUCAAACGUUGGUAGUCUUGCUAUGUCCACUUUACCUCAGUUUACGCACUUUCCUCAUCUUAAAACCCCGCUUGGAGGUGAAAAAAUAGCCGAUCUAGAAUCUCCAAGUCUUUCUGACACACAGUUAGAGCCACCUCAAAUCAAAGACCAAGACGAAGGUUUAAUGAAGGUGGACGUCGAUUCCUACCAGCUCACGAUGGAAGAGCUGGAAGGCAAGAAAGGUAAGGGAGAAGGGGAUAAGGCUAAAGAAGGAGAUAAGAAGAAAGAUGAAAAGAAGGAAACCAAAGCUGCCGAGGCUCCAAAAGCUGCUACCGGGAAACCUGGAGAGGCUGCUGCAGGUGGAGAUCAGAAAAAAGAAGGCGCAGAAGGAGAAGAAUUUUAUUUGGCCGCGGAUGCAGUUACUGAGGUCCACUCUAAGUCCUUCUUGAAUGCGACUUCCAUUAAUUUAAGUGCAGGACUUUCUGGUUUCAUGCUGCAUCCAGAGGUCCUCCCUCCAACUAAUCUGGCGAAAACUUUAGGGCGAAAGAGAAGGGUCUUUUACAAAUCCCAGCAGGGAUCCAUUAUUUUAGGAUACGAACCAGAACCAGAUAUAACCCAGUCAGAAGAGCUGAGAAAGGAGAACAAUUUCGUGGAUCUUCCCGACAACUCUCAGAUAGUGAGAGGAAAGUCCAAUAUGGCGGAUCUAGACAGUCAAGGUGGCGAUAUGGAGUACUUAGCACCUUUCGUCUGCAUCAUGGCUACAGCAGUGGCGAAAAAGUUUUCAUUAGUAUCAUGGAGUGCAGAUGUGGUCGAAUAUGUUCUGAAAUGUGGACAAGAGCUUUUCAAAGCGUCGAAGUUCAGAUACGACCAAGUUUCGCGACUGGAUAUUCCUAAGGUAUCGCUGGGAUCCACAGACUUCCAUAUCACCGUGGACUAUCUCUUCGACACUUAUCUUAAAGAUAAUAUCCUAGAGGUAGCCCUAGACCGUAUACUUUUUACCAGGUCUGACUGUGGAAUCUUCGUGACUCCCAGCUAUGCUUGUGCUAUAUUCUAUCGCCACCACCUCUACUACCUUUAUGACGGUUAUGGUAAUAACGAGAUCGGUCUGAGUGAAGGAAAAAUGAAUACAGGCAUGGCCUGCUUGGUUAGGUUUAAAGAUCUUAGGAGUCUGGUACAAAGGAUAAUCUAUAAUAAAUCUGUGAGGGACGGAGUUGAACCUGUAGAGUACUCGAGGUUCGUCAUUAGUAGAGUAUCGGUGAUAGCUUUAAAUCCUCCAAAGCCGAAACUUGAAGAAGAAAGAGGAGAAGAAGAUGAUGAAGAAGAAUGGACGGACAUUGGUGAAGAGGAUGUAUUGGAGCAGGAAGGUGAAGAAGAAGAAUCGCAGAAAGACAAGGAGACAAAACCUAAAAUAGAAGUGGGGUGGAAAUUGUACCAAGGAAUAGGUACCAUAAGGGGCUCGAAAAGUAUCAAAGGAAGAGGUGUCGGUGAAAAUGAAAUCAAGCCGGACCAUUUCGCUUGUAUUUGCGCCUGCUUGAUGCUCAUAGAGGUACCAAUAGACAAAUGGGAUACUGCUAAAGUAGAUUACUGUUUGGACCAAGGUAGAAAUAUAUAUGACCAUGCGGAUGAUCUAUGUGCCACUGAGAAGAGGAUUAUUAAGAACGUCUUGAUAAGGAAACAUUUCUUUGACAUUAUUGUGAAAAAGAUACAAAUCAUCAACUAUAGUCAAAACAAAGAUAUGGAUACAGGCAUUGAUACGUUAUUCGGUAGAAGAUAUUCUUAUUUUAUAAUCCAAAUGGUGGGCUAUUGUACGGUUAUCUAUAAAGGUGGUAGAAACUGUUAUUACCUUUUUGAUCCAUACGCUAUAAAUAGGAAAGGAAAACCUGUUGAUGAAGGAAAAGCGGGUUGGGUUAGAUACAAAAAAUUGAAGCAAGUGAAAAGGAGGUUGACGAAGGAAGCUUUCAAAACUGGUGGUUUAUAUGCUUUUUACACUUUUGAAGUGACAUCAAUAAAGAAAGCUCCGAAAGGUUUAAUCAUAGGCCAUAAGAUGCACUUGUAUGAGGUUCCGGAACCUAAGAAGAAAGAAAAGAUUUCCAAACCGUUCCACGAAGAGGUAUAUUGGUUGAACAUGGAUCCAAUACCAUGGUCUAGAAUAAUCAACAAAACACCUAGUGGAAUACCUCGUGGUUGUCCAGAUACCAUGUGGCACAACUGGGACAUGGAGUAUAGCAACGAUCUAUACUCCAUGAUUGGGAAUAUUCACCAGGCUUCUUCUAUGUUCCCCAGGGAGAGUAGAGGAAAACAGACCCUAUGCAACCUCAUCAUGGUAAUUGGAAUGCUUCAAAUAUACGAGUUGAAGACCUGGAGUUCCGCAAUUAUAGAUUCGGUAUUAGUGAACGGUGAUAACUACUGCAGAGACUGCAUCCAGGAUAUAAAGGAUGAAAACUACGAACUGGGAAUGGAUGAUCUCAAAAAGGAUUGUGAAAUAUUCCCGUACUCAUUUAAGGUGGAAGUAUCGAAUGUGGUUGAUGGUACCAUGUUUUUGCUUAGGUCUAGAUCUUUCAAUAUGUACAAGGCAUUAAGGUACUUCUUCGAUGACUUCGAACGACGUUUUGGUAUCGUGGUAGUUAGCAAAAACAACGGGAAACGUCAAGUUGCUUUCGGAAAGACCCAAGAGCUGGAGUAUUUCAUGUUCGAUUGUGAAGCUGUAGGGGCGCCGAUGUUCGCUGACGGAAAGGCAGUGGCGUAUAUUCUCAGGACAACAACUCUUAAUAGGUUGCUCCACGUGCUCACUCUUACUCUGAGGGGUGGAGAAUUCUUCAUAUUUGAGGUUAAGACAAAAGACUUGAAACCUGUUGAAUGAUUGUAAAAUUGUCUUAGUGUUGAUUUUGUUCAUUAUAAUAUAUUGUUGGGUGUCAAAAA